AACACACAAAAUUUUACGCCAUAACUUUUAACUCCAUUGCCUUUUAAGACUCGAUUUCUGUGUUCAGUUUUCAGUCUCGUGUUAAAAAAAAAAUAUAUAAUAAUUAUCAACAUAUAUAUAAAUAUAUACUAAUUAUUUAUCUCAAAUAAUUAAUCAUGGUCUCGUUAAAUCCGGUGAGAAUUUUGAAAAAUGAAGCGGAAGAGGAGAAGGGAGAAAUUGCGAGGAUGAGCAUGUUCGCGGGAGCGACAGUAAUCGGAGAUCUACUCAAGUCCACCCUGGGCCCCAAGGGAAUGGACAAAAUUCUAGUGUCUUCUGGGAGAAACAGCGACCAGGUCCAAGUUACUAAUGACGGAGCGACGAUUUUGAGGAGCAUUGGAGUCGACAACCCGGCGGCGAAGAUUCUGGUUGACAUGUCGAGGGUUCAGGAUGACGAGGUCGGGGAUGGAACGACCACGGUCACGGUUUUGGCUUCGGAACUGCUCAAACAAGCAGAAAAAUUAAUUGAGCAUCGGAUCCACCCGCAGAUAAUAAUCGUCGGCUAUCGUAAAGCGACUCAGGAAGCACGUGAGGCUCUUCAGCUGUCCGCGAUUGACAACAGCGCAGACCCCGCGAAAUUCCGCGAGGAUUUGAUGAACAUCGCGCGCACUACAUUGUCUUCAAAAAUUCUUGCGCAACACAAAGAACACUUUGCUAAGCUCGCGGUCGACGCAGUUCUUCGUCUCAAAGGCAGCGGCAACUUGUCCGCGAUCCAGAUCAUCAAGAAACGAGGCGCGACUCUCGCGAAUUCAUUUUUGGACGAAGGAUUUCUUCUGGACAAAACGCCUGGAGUUCAUCAGCCCCGAAAAAUCCAGAACGCGAAAAUACUGAUCGCUAACACUCCCAUGGAUACCGACAAGAUCAAAGUCUUUGGGUCGAAGGUCAGAGUCGACUCGCUGGCAAAGAUCGCGGAGCUCGAAGUCGCAGAGAAGGAAAAAAUGAAGGACAAGGUCGACAAAAUUUUGAAACACGGGUGCAAUGUUUUCAUUAACCGACAGCUUAUUUACAAUUACCCGGAGCAAUUGUUUGCUGACGCGGGUGUGAUGGCUAUCGAGCAUGCGGACUUUGAUGGAAUUGAAAGACUGGCUUUGGUUACUGGAGGAGAGAUUGUCAGUACUUUUGAUCAUCCUGAGAUGGUUAAAUUGGGAAAAUGUGAACUGAUAGAAGAGAUUAUGAUUGGUGAGGACACACUCCUCCGUUUCUCCGGCGUUCCUCUAGGAGAAGCUUGCACAGUCGUGAUUCGUGGUGCGACCCAACAAAUUCUCGACGAGGCCGAGCGUUCUCUCCACGACGCCCUCUGUGUGUUGACCUCAACAGUCCGGGAGUCUCGCAUCGUCUACGGUGGAGGCUGCAGCGAAAUGUUGAUGGCCGUGGCCGUUAAUAAAGCAGCAGCCAACACUCCUGGCAAGGAAGCCGUCGCCAUGGAAGCCUUCGCCAAAGCACUUCAGCUGAUCCCCACUUACAUUUCCGACAACGCCGGGUACGACUCCGCUCAGCUGAUCAACGAACUUCGUGCCGCCCACAACUCCGGCGCCACUUCCAUGGGUCUCGAUAUGGAAAACGGCAAGAUCGGAUGCAUGAAAGCACUCGGCAUCACCGAGUCCUGGGCCGUCAAACGUCAAGUUCUUCUCAGUGCUGCAGAAGCCGCAGAAAUGAUUCUGCGCGUCGACGAAAUUCUUCGUUCCGCUCCGCGCAAGCGCGUCCAAGACCGCGGCCACUGUUAGAUUUUACUCACAUGUUUUUUAUUUCAUAUAUACUUCACAUUUUUUACACUCGCGGCAUUCAAAUCUUCUCCGAGGGCCACUCCGAAGGCCUUCUAAAAAUUUCACUCCUUAAUUUUUAUUAGAACCCGCGGGAAAAAUUUAAAUCCGCGGCUCGACCGCCAAACUUUGCUCUGGCGGUCGAGCCAUUAAUUAAUUUUUAUAACUCGGCCUGUAAUUAAAAUUAAGGGCUCAAAUUUUUUGAGGACUUCCUGGGAGGGCUCCAGAAGAGUCCUAGACCCCGCGGGAUUCAAAACUUUAAUUAUUAAUCAUAAUUAUAAUUAUAAUUGCAUAAUCUUAAGGUUAAUUCACGAGUUUGAUGAUUAAUUGGUCAUUAAUUAGGCAAUUAAGGUCUAAUUUUUUUUAGUUCAUGAGUCGGGGCGGCUCGAAGGACCUCUAGGAAGGUCUCCACAAAAUUUCGUUCCUUAAUUUUAAUUAGCGGCCGCGGUAGAGUUAAUUAAUUGGCAACGCCACCGCUAGGGAACAAUUCUGGCGGUCGGUCCGCGAAUAAAAAUUUUGUUUUUCGAGUUCUAAUUAAAAUUAAGGAAAGAAAUUUUGCAAGGACCUUCCGGGAGGUCCUCAGAAGGAUCCUAGAUGACGAUAAUUAAAAAAAAUUUGACAGUUGUCUUAUUAACGGCCGGUUGAUUGAAUUAAAAAGGAGGAAAUUUCACGCUAACAAAAAAUAAUUCAUG